AUGGGGGCGGCAUACAACCCCGAUGGCGAACCGAGUCCUCUGUCGUCGCCGUUGGGUCCGCUCUCCGAAUCUCCCGAGUCGGAGUCGGGUAUUCACAAACUUUCAUUGUACACAGACCAACCGAUGAGAAGCUCGGUGGACAGUCUCUCGUCAGGAUAUGACCCUCUUUCAAGUAGAUCUCCGCUGUUCGAGAACGAGCAUGGACUUGGCCCAACCGGUCUGGAUCGUAUACGGCAUCAGCCUUCACGGGUACUGACGCUUCCAAACCUGUCAACUUCGUCGUUGGCUCCGAUGACUACCUCGCGUACCUCCCCGUCUCCCCGCUCGAGAUCUUCAUCCCGUGCACAAACCGGCCGUAUGUCCAUGAGCCAGGCCUUUGGAGAUCUCGAAGAUCUCCACCGGUUCCCUUUGGAAUCGUUACACUCUUUUUCCUUCGCACAACAAUCAGAAGAGCUUCUCCACAGCCGACAAAACAUUCUUAAGAGAUCGAUUGAUUUCAUGCGCGACCGCAUGGGAUGGGCCGCCAACCACCCAGGACUCGCCUACGCCCAGGCAAACGCCAGCGGUGAUUCGGACUUGCAGAGUAUGAUGGACCUUUUGACCCGGGCCAACGUUUUAGAGGAAGAGCGAGCCAAUGCGCGAGCUCCCCUUACAGGCCCUGCGGAUUUCAAUGGUGACAACAUUUUCGAGAAAGCCUUUUCAGACCAUGGUUCUCCCCCGGCAACUAGAGAUGCUUUCCAGGAUAUGCCACUUCCCCCCGGGUCACAGGCAUCUAGCAAUUCUCAAGUUCUCAGCCCCAUCCCAAGCGACCGCAUCCCGCAAUCCAGGAAGGACUUGAUAUCGGCUCCGACAUCCCGGCGCGUAAGCUUAAAACGUACAUACACGGAUCUCAACUCUGCGUCGCUCAAAAGCAAGCUGAUGGAAACUCUAGCGCAACCAUAUUCGUCCGUGGAUCCUUUCGCUUCUCUUGGUUCAUCGACCGCUGGGUUGGGAUUCCCCAUGCCGGCCUUGCAUACCCAUAGCAGCAAAUGGACCCCCGUUUCCCAGGCCGUUUUCCGGACUGAAGCCCAGGCGCCAUGGACUAUCAUUGCAGCUAAUGAUCUCUCAUGCCUUGUAUUUGGAGUCACACAGUCCGAGGUCCGUCGACUGAGUAUCCUAGAGGUUGUACAGACAGAGCACAGGCAGUGGCUCGAAGCCAAGCUUAAAGACCCCAGUACUGAUGCUGCUGCCCGCACGCCACUCCAAGCGGAAAGGCCCAACAUCCGAGCAGUUAAUCCAAAGUACCGGGGUCUGGGGAAUGGAGUGACGGCGCAAUUACUUAGUAAACCCUCCUCGCGCGAGAAAUCCCGGAGAGCACAGACCGAUGAUGGAUAUGGUUCAAGCAAGAGGAAUCCUCGCAAUCCCAACCACCCAGCAAACAAAUCGCGCGGCGUUUUAUUAUGUGGCGACGUUGUUCCGAUCCAGAAGCGCAACGGCACUAAGGGCUCCGCUAGCGUUUGGGUAAUGGAGAAGCGGGGUGGCCUGAUCUGGGUGCUUGAGGAGAUUACAGAGAACAUUGCGUCUGUCCGCUGUGAUGAGUCUUGGAAUGUUGUUGACACCAAAGGAGACGUUGACAAGAUUUGGGGUUCGCAUGUAGUCAGAGCGGGCCAGUCGAUAACUGAGCUUCUGCCUCGUCUGCCAUCGGAGUCCCUCAAUACUUCGCUCGAAAAGGGGCUUGCCAAAAUCGUGGAGUUGAAGCACUUCGCCGCGCUUACUUCGGCCGGCGUCUGCAUUCCCGUGACAGUGGCCCGAUCAGAAGAGAACCGUACUUUGCAAGUAUCGAGUUUCCCGCAUGUCGCAGGAAUGAUGGUGCUUUCUUCUUCUACAUUGAAUGUGAUCAGCUCGAACUCGGUAUUUUCAUCGGCUCUUUUUGGCCAGGAACGCCCCGAAGGACACCAUAUCACAGAACUGGUCCCAGGAUUUGACGAGAUUCUGGAUGUUUUAACCGAAGAAGACAAUGUGCCAUUGGUCGAUGGCAUCGUGAUCCCUGAACAUAGCUUCCGUCGGGCGCGAACCCUGUCCAUUUUGCGCGACGGAAAGGCGAACGCCGCAUCUGUCUUCACAGAGCCCAGUGGCUUGCUGGCAAAGCACCGGGACGGCUCCACGAUCGUGGUUGACAUACAAUUGCGGGUGGUCAAUAGCGGCACUUUCUUCUCCAAGGAACAAGUAGAGAGGAUUGAAGAGCGCUCAAGCGACUCGGAGGACAGCGAUGAUACAGUGGCGGUCACCGAGCUGGUAUAUGCCCUGUGGAUCACAUACUCGCGACAACUACACGCCGCGGGCGCCGCAGCCAACCUCUCAUCAUCCUCGCUGCCGAGCUCAAAGCCAAGCUCCCCAACGACCAAACCUUCAACAGAAGAUUCAGCAACGACUUCCACCGAGAAGACAAACUCCGCCACUGUCAAUACCGCCGUGGAAGUUCAGGCCCCGAGCUCAACUCUCAGUCAGCAGCUCAGUGAAGCGGCAUCGCAGCCUCUCACGGACCGCCCGGUUCAACCUGUACCCGAAGUCAACUCUAAUGCCAAGAAGGAAGCCCCGCAGAAACGCACCAUCGAUGACUAUGUUAUUCUCGAAGAAAUGGGUCAAGGUGCCUAUGGACAGGUGAAGUUAGCCCGUCUGAAGAAACAACCCAACAAGAAGAUGGUGUUGAAAUAUGUCACGAAAAAGCGGAUCUUGGUGGAUACCUGGACAAGGGAUCGCCGACUCGGAACCGUGCCCCUUGAGAUCCACGUUCUGGACUUUCUUCGUCGGGAUGGCUAUAAGCAUCCAAACAUUGUGGAGAUGGAUGGCUUCUUUGAGGAUGAUGUCAACUAUUACAUUGAGAUGGUCCCCCAUGGACUUCCGGGGAUGGACCUUUUCGAUUAUAUCGAACUCAAGGCCAACAUGGACGAAUCGGAAUGUCGAAACAUAUUCAAGCAGGUGGUCGACGCCAUCCACCAUUUACAUACCAAGGCAUUGGUGGUCCAUCGCGACAUCAAGGAUGAGAACGUGGUUCUUGAUGGCGAGGGACGGAUCAAGUUGAUCGACUUCGGCAGCGCAGCUUAUAUUAAGAACGGUCCCUUUGAUGUCUUUGUGGGCACGAUCGACUAUGCCGCCCCGGAGGUGUUGCAAGGGAAGUCAUACCGAGGCAAGGAACAAGACAUAUGGGCCCUGGGCAUCCUGCUGUACACAAUUGUGUAUAAAGAGAACCCAUUCUAUAAUGUUGAUGAAAUCCUCGACCACCCACUUCGCAUCCCUUUCCUCCCAUUUUCGGAAGAGUGCAUCGAUCUGAUCCGCAAGAUGCUGGACCGCGACGUCGACAAUCGACUGACCAUCACGGAAAUUGUCGAUCACCCUUGGAUGACGGCGACUUGA